CCACGUACUGCGCUCUUAUAUUUAUUGCCUUCACUUCUUGCUUGCUUUGCCCACACCUCUUGGCUCUUGUUACCAUCUUCAUUUCUUUCCAUUUUUUCCUACGAUUUUUUUUUUUUUGCUUAAUUCAGUGAUGAAUUUAAGUGAUUUUAUCCCUUGGGUUAUGAUUUUUUUCUUGGUUUGUGCUGAUCAAUAUUCUUGUUACAUUAUUACGUGGGAUGAUAUGAAGGUGGAUUUUAGUUCAUUGGAUUUGAAUAAGGAGGAAUUUAUACGAUAUCGAUCACGUACUUCUUCUUCUUCUUCACAAAGAGUGAUAGUUGUUGAUCAGAAUGGUAAAGGAGAUUCAGUUACUAUUCAAGGUGCAGUUGAUAAAGUCCCUUCACAUAAUUUACAGAGAGUUAUCAUUUACAUUCAUCCUGGAACCUACAGAGAAAAGGUGCAUAUAGCAGCAUCAAAGCCAUUCAUAUCAUUAGUUGGUGAUCAGAACCAAACAGCUAGAACCAUUAUAACUGGGAAUGACAAAGCCUCUGACUUGGACCAAUAUGGUUCUAUUUUAGGCACUUCUCGAACUGCCACUGUCACAGUAGAAUCAGAUUACUUUUGUGCCACUGGGAUCACCAUCGAGAACACCAUAAUUUCAGAUCCUAAAGGCGUUGGAAUGCAGGCAGUGGCGUUGAGAUUAACUGGUGAUAGAGCAGUGUUAUAUAGAGUAAGGAUCUUAGGUUCACAGGAUACACUUUUAGAUGAUGCUGGAUCUCACUAUUUUUACCAGUGUUAUAUUCAAGGAUCAGUUGAUUUCAUUUGUGGCAAUGGUAGAUCACUCUAUAAGAAUUGUACUCUUCAUUCAGUAGCCAAGGGAUAUGGAGCAAUUGCAGCUCAGCACAGAAACUCAGCAAAUCAGGAUACUGGUUUCUCUUUCGUUAACUGUAAAAUCAGUGGAAGUGGCAGGGUAUUUUUGGGCAGGGCUUGGGGAGAAUAUUCAAGAGUUAUAUAUUCCAAAUGUGAUAUUGAUGGUAUUAUUGACCCCAAAGGUUGGACUGAUUGGAACCAACCAUCUAGGCGCCAGCAUGCAGUAUUUGGAGAAUACCAGUGUAGAGGCAAUGGAUCAAAUAGAGCAGGUAGAGUGGCAUGGUCCAAGACUCUCAAUGAAUCUGAAGCAGAGCCUUUUUUGGAUGUAAAAUUCAUAGGUGGACAGCAAUGGCUCAGACUUUGAACUUCACACUUAAUUUUCUUUCUCCUGUCAUGCAAAUGCCAAACAGAACUAAAGUGGCUGAUGA